GGCCACUUCCGGUAGGUGACGUAGUUCCGCUUUGUUGGGCGCGCGGUGGAUGGUCUGAAACGUAGGGCUCGGCUUUCGCUGGGGUUUCGCGUCUCGGGAGCUCGGCAUGGCUACCUCACGAGCCUCCUCCACGGCAACCAAAACUAAGGCACCUGAUGACUUAGUUGCUCCUGUUGUGAAGAAACCACACAUCUAUUAUGGAAGUUUAGAAGAGAAGGAGAGGGAACGUCUGGCCAAAGGAGAGUCUGGGAUUUUGGGGAAAGAAGGACUUAAAGCUGGAAUUGAAGCAGGAAAUAUUAACAUAACCUCUGGAGAGGUGUUUGAAAUUGAAGAGCACAUCAGUGAACGACAGGCUGAAGUAUUAGCCGAGUUUGAGAGAAGAAAGCGAGCCCGGCAAAUCAAUGUUUCCACUGAUGACUCUGAGGUCAAGGCUUGCCUUAGAGCCUUGGGGGAGCCCAUCACACUUUUUGGAGAAGGUCCUGCUGAAAGAAGAGAAAGGUUAAGAAAUAUCCUCUCAGUGGUUGGUACUGAUGCCUUAAAAAAAACCAAAAAAGAUGAUGAGAAAUCCAAAAAGUCCAAAGAAGAGUAUCAGCAAACCUGGUACCAUGAAGGACCAAACAGCCUGAAGGUUGCUAGACUGUGGAUUGCUAAUUAUUCGCUGCCCAGGGCAAUGAAACGCUUGGAAGAGGCCCGUCUCCAUAAAGAGAUUCCUGAGACAACCAGGACCUCCCAGAUGCAAGAGCUGCACAAAUCUCUCCGGUCUUUGAAUAAUUUCUGCAGUCAGAUUGGGGAUGAUCGGCCUAUCUCCUACUGCCACUUUAGUCCUAAUUCCAAAAUGCUGGCCACAGCUUGUUGGAGUGGGCUUUGCAAGCUCUGGUCUGUUCCCGAUUGCAACCUCCUUCACACUCUGCGAGGCCAUAACACAAAUGUAGGAGCAAUUGUAUUCCAUCCAAAAUCCACUGUCUCCUUGGACCAAAAAGAUGUCAAUCUGGCCUCUUGUGCUGCUGAUGGUUCUGUGAAGCUUUGGAGCCUUGACAGUGAUGAACCGGUGGCGGAUAUUGAAGGCCAUACAGUGCGUGUGGCCCGUGUAAUGUGGCAUCCAUCCGGGCGUUUCUUGGGUACCACCUGCUAUGACCGCUCAUGGCGCUUAUGGGAUUUGGAGGCUCAAGAGGAGAUCCUGCAUCAGGAAGGCCACAGCAUGGGUGUGUAUGACAUUGCCUUCCAUCAAGAUGGCUCUUUGGCUGGCACUGGGGGACUGGAUGCAUUUGGUCGUGUUUGGGACCUGCGCACAGGACGGUGUAUCAUGUUCUUAGAAGGCCACCUGAAGGAAAUCUAUGGAAUAAAUUUCUCCCCCAAUGGCUACCACAUUGCAACCGGCAGCGGUGACAACACGUGCAAAGUGUGGGACCUUCGACAACGGCGUUGUGUCUAUACCAUCCCUGCCCAUCAGAACUUAGUGACUGGUGUCAAGUUUGAGCCUAUCCAUGGGAAUUUCUUGCUCACUGGUGCUUAUGAUAACACUGCCAAGAUCUGGACCCACCCAGGCUGGUCCCCACUGAAGACUCUGGCUGGCCAUGAAGGCAAAGUGAUGGGCCUAGACAUUUCUUCUGAUGGGCAGCUCAUAGCCACUUGCUCAUAUGACAGGACCUUCAAGCUUUGGAUGGCUGAAUAGGCAGAACCAUGGAAAAAGGACUCUAACCUCAAGCUCUUCCCUAAGAGCCAUUUUCAAAAGAAAGGAAUUGAUAUGUUUCGUUCUAUCAUGUUUUUUGCCAAUUACCAUGUAUAGACCCUCAAAAGAAUUGGAUUUCCCUGUCAGCCUCCACUCCAGGUAGGCAGCCCAGUCUCUGGGUGUUGAUGAACCCCUUUUGUAGUUGAAAUUUUAAUAUUCAUCUUCAAGCCCUGCCACGGACCGUGUAGACAUUGUUUUUAUUAAUCUUUUGUUUGAAUGCCCUGUUGCCUCCUUCACAGCACUCAGGAUUGUGACUGGCUCCAUUUUUAAUUUUGAAACUUGGUACGUGGUACAUGCUUCAGGACUACAUGUGACCCACAGAGCAAGGCAGCUGGACAGUAGUCUGGAAACCUGCAAGUAAAGAGGCACUUCUCACCACACACUGGUUAACCGGUGCCUUGACAGAGUGGAACCUUUCCUCUCCCUUGAGAACGGGAGAUGAAGAGGUAGACCACAGCUAUACUCAGGGUUAUGCAGUAAAGAAGAUUUUACCUCUUCCUGUUGAGUUCACUUGGAAUGAUAACCGCAUCAGGAACCCCAGAACUGAACAUUUGCCCUGUCCAAAAACGUCUUCCAUUUUGCUUUGAAGUUUGGCAUCCUUCCUGUUACCCCAAAGCUAGGCCAUUUUGUCAAGAGGCAAUGAAAUUUCUAGAAAACAAACGUCUCUGUUGUGCCACUUCCUUUAUAUUGGUUAUUCAGAGAAUGUACCUUUCACGGCAAGGUAACUAGAAAAAUCCCUAAUGGGUAUUCCUCGACAUCAACUUUCUCUUUUUUUCUUUAUUACAUAUUUGCUACAGAGUAAAAUCCUGUUAUAAAGACUGUCCUGUAAAGACUUACUUUGUAUAGUUAGGCAUUUUCUGAAUCCCAGCCAUUGGUCCAUAGAGGUCCCCCCCCCUUUAUUUUUGGUUUGAGAUAUAACAGAUGAUAUCACAUAUGUGAUAUUCCAGUUUUUCUCUUCUUAAUAAACACUCUGCUAAUA